AUGUUCGGGUCUCGAAUGCGGGAAUAUGAAAAGAAGCUGCUAAAAGUCAAUACCGAGAGCAGUUCAUCGAAUCCUGACAUAACUUCAUUGUCUCAUGUUGUUAUAAAAGAUUCGAGAAAUGCUGAAAUAUCAACCAUUUCUGAAACCCGUAAGUACAACACGGUCGCUACCACUGACGUGGCCGCAUCUUGUACAGCAGCUGCACCAUCUGAUGCCAAAGAAAUCUGUAAUGAAAAUAGGGAUGUUACUACUUACGGAUCUCUUCAGCAGUCUCCAAAAUCACAAGCAGCAGAACUAUUUGGUGCCAAAGCUUCUGUUUCUGGAAUGUGUAAAGAAAACUUUGAUGCUACUACUUACGGAUCUCUUCAGCAGUCUCCAAAAUUAGCAGUGGCAGAACCAUUUGGUGCCGAAGCUUCUGUUUCUGGAAUUUGUAAAGAAAACUCAGAUGCUUUUACUUACGGAUAUCAACUACAGUCUUCCUGCAAACAAGUACCAGUACCAUCUGAUGCUAAAAGAGCUAUCGAGUUUAAAACCCGCAAACAAAACUCAAAUUCUGAUGUCAAAAAUAUUAGUCUAUUUGAAGAUCAUACGGUUGAAACUACAAUGGAUGUUAUUAUCUGCACUGAAAUUCACAGAACUACUUUGGAUGGAGCGCCUAAUCAUGCUGAAAUUGACAAAAGGACAAAAUCAGGAAAAAGAAAGAGGAACAAAACAGUGAAGAAAUCUUUUAUAGACUUUUUGUCCGACGAAGAAAAACUAGACUUCUCGUCGGGUAGUUCUGACAAUUGGUCAUGCAAGGAAUCAGACUCAAGCAGUGGUGAAGAACACUUUACCAAUAAGAUGAAGAACAAGAGAAUUAAGAAACGUGCUUGUGUAAUAUUUGGGGAAAAUGAACAAAUAAGAAAAAAAGAGAAGUCAAUUAAUAAACGUAAAACUACUAAGACCUUAAAAGAUGCAGGAAAAAAUUAUGAAAACAAGAGUGGAAAACUUGUACCGGAAAAAAAAAUGAAACCUAAUCCAUGUAUUCCUGGCAAGUGUGCCAGAGGGUGUUUUAACAUCUCUGAAGAAAGGCGUACUUCUUUGCAUCAAUAUUUCUGGAGUUUAGACACGCAGCGUAGACGGGAUUGGAUAGUACUUUGUUCUCAAUUAGUUCCCAUAAAAAGGAGAAAAAAGGAAAGUUCAUCGAAUCGAAGAAACGCAACGUACGAGUAUUUAAUUAACCAUGGCGAAGGCUACAAACAAGUGUGUCAGAAGUUUUUGCUCGAUACCUUAGACAUUACUCAAAAAUAUAUGUCGUACACCAUAUCACAUGCUACAGAAGGUAUGGCCCAAAAAGAUAACAGAACACCAAAUGCUCCACCAAAAUAUACAGAAGCAGCAAAAAGUUACGUGAGGAGCUUCAUUGAAAAACUUCCUGCAGUGCCGUCGCACUAUAACAGAAAAAGGACUAACAGAACGUAUCUCCCACAAGAACUGAAGAACGUAACAAACUUAUAUCGUAUUUAUUUAAAAGAUUGCAAUGAAACCGGCCAAGAAAAUGUUAGUGGGACUGUAUUCAGAAGUAUUUUUAGGGAAUACAAUAUCAGCUUCCAUAUUCCAAAAAAAGAUAAAUGCAUAACAUGUAUCAACGCUGAAAACAACAAAGAAACCAUGACUGAUAUUGAUAAAGAGUCGAUGAAUGCACAUAUUGAAGAAAAAAAUGCUACAAAACUGAGAUUCAAGAUCCAUCAAAAUCUAAGGACAUUAAAUAAUGAAACAAUCGUUUCUAGUUUUGACUUACAGAAAGUUUUAAACACACCGCAUGGGGAAAGUAUGCUGCUAUAUUAUUCUCGUAAAUAUGCAGUUUACAACUUAACAUUUUAUGAAAGUGGUACACAGGACGUUUAUUGUUACACAUGGGGAGAGUGUGAUGGCAAACGUGGGAGCAAUGAAAUAGCUACUUGCCUGUUGAAGUAUCUAGAUGUGAUGGACAGAAAAGGCACAAAGCACCUAAUACUGUACUGCGACUCAUGUAGCGGCCAAAAUAAAAACAAAAUAGUGCUUGCUGCUGUGAAUAAUUAUAUCAAGACGGCUACUAAUUUGGAAGUCAUACAACUUAAUUACCUGCUGCCAGGGCACACUUAUAUGCCUGUCGAUGCAGUACAUGCAGUGAUAGAAAGAGAGGUCAAAAAUCUAAUAGUUUAUGCUCCUUCGCAAUGGGCGACCUACUUUAAAUCCGCCCGCAAAAGACCACGGCCAUACAAAGUUCACUCACUGGAUCACACAGAUUUUCUUAACUUAGAUGACUUAGCUGCAAAGACAUUCACAUCAGCAACAUUAAAAAAACUAAAAUGCAAACAAGUAAGAAUCGCCACAUUUAAAAAGAAACAUCCAAACCAAAUGUUUGUUAAAUACUCGAUGAAACAAGAAUCAGUCUCUCAUACAGUAAUAUUAUGUGAAAACAUAUCAAGGAAGGGAAAGGAAAGAAAAGGGAAAGGACAGUUAAAAGGGAAAAAAGACAAGCAAAUAAAAAUUAAUGAGGAGGCAAGUAGGGCGGGCGGAGUUUUGUACGAUUCCAAAUUAAAAAUAAGUAGUAUGAAAUACCGAGACCUAAUACGUCUUUGUGAUACCGGAGCCAUUCCAAAAAGAUUUCACGAAGAAUAUCAUAAACUUCCGCACGACUCAAACGUGCGUGAGACUUUAAAUGAAACCGACGAUGAAGAAGAAGACGAUGAAAAGGAAGAUUGA